CCCCGCCGCCCGCCGCCCGGGUUGUCCAAGAUGGUGGGCGCUCCGCCGGCGCCGUUCGCCCUCCGGCGGCUGCUGAUGCUCGUGGUGCUGCUGGCCGCCAGGUGGUUCACGACGGGCGCUCCCGAGCCGCCACCGCCGUCCCGAGCCCCGCAGGAUGGCAUCAGAAUUAAUGUAACUACCAUGACAGAUAAUGGGGAGGUAUCUAAAGAACAGGUCGUUCUUAACAUAACCUAUGAGAGUGGACAGAUAUAUGUAAAUGACUUUCCUGUAAAUAGUGGUGUAACCCGAAUAAGCUGUCAUACUUUGAUAGUGAAGAAUGAAAAUCUGGAAAAUUUGGAGGAAAAAGAAUAUUUUGGAAUUGUCAGUGUAAGGAUUUUAGUUCAUGAGUGGCCUAUGACAUCUGGUUCCAGUUUGCAACUAAUUGUCAUUCAAGAAGAGGUAGUAGAGAUUGAUGGAAAACAAGUUCAACAAAAGGAUGUCACUGAAAUUGAUAUUUUAGUUAAGAACCAGGGAAUACUCAGACAUUCAAACUACACCCUUCCUUUGGAGGAAAGCAUGCUGUACUCUAUUUCCCGAGACAAUGACGUUCUAGUUACCCUUCCCAACCUCUCCAAAAAAGAAAGUGUUAGUUCAUUGCAGACCACUAGCCAGUAUCUUAUCAGGAAUGUGGAAACCACUGUGGAUGAAGAUGCUUUACCUGGCAAAUUACCUGAAACUCCUCUCAGAGCAGAGCCUCCAUCUUCAUAUAAGGUAAUGUGUCAGUGGAUGGAAAAGUUUAGAAAAGAUCUCUGUAGGUUCUGGAGCAGUGUUUUCCCAGUAUUCUUUAUGUUUUUGAACGUCAUGGUGGUUGGAAUUAUAGGAGCAGCUGUGAUAAUAACCAUCUUAAAGGUGCUUUUCCCAGUUUCUGAAUACAAAAGAAUUCUUCAGUGGGAUCAAAUGAAUGUUAUACCUGUGACAGCUAUCAACUUAUAUCCAGAUGAUCCUGAGAAAACAGCUGAAAACCUUGAAGAUAAAACAUGUACUUAAAACACCACCUCAAAUCGUGGAAUUUGCCACUUGAAUAUAAUUUUUUAAAAAUCAUUAAGAAUCGGUUU